CCUUCGCCGUCGUGCGUCGUCGGGAUUCUAAUCCCGAUUUCCAGCCACCGUAGGCGCAGGCUUGCGGGCGGUGAGCAAUGGGUAGCUUGCCACCCGAUCGUCUGGUAACUUAACGAACCGAGCCCAUGUCGCCGCGUUGAGCGCCAUUUCCGCGCGCCUCAGGGAGUAUGUCAGCAAUUCGUAGAAGCCCUGGGGAGGCCGAAGCCUACCGCGACUGGCGUUGAUUCGAAAGAGAAGGCUGGUCCGGGUACUAAAGGCAAAAUCUAAAUGGAGCGGGCUUUUUAGUCAGUAAGAGUCUUGGGCGGAGCGAGAGGGCUCUCGCUCCGCCCAAGAGCGAGAGAAAGUCAUACGAUGAUUUUUUGCCCGUCACCAAAAAAAACCUUAAUGUGCUAAGGCAAACAUAUUUUCAUUACUUAUUCGUACUAUGUCUAAGCACUAAUAUAUCUUCAACUAUAUUUUCUGUAAGAUUAUAUCUUAGGUCACUUAAUAUGAAUUUUAAACUUGAAAAAAGUCGUUCGACGCUAACUUGAGUGCUUGGAAUGGCUAAAAUAGUUACCGCAAGUUGAUAUAGUUGUGGACCACUUGAUUUUUUAGUUUCUCAAAACUAUAAAAUGUUUUCUUUCGAUUUGAUACGAGGAUAAUUAUUAAAUUCUUUUAAAUGCAUAUUUAUGUUGUUGAUUUGGCGACCUUCGACAUUAUGUGUUUGUUUGCUACGUUCUGUAGCCAAUAUGGCGUCCUAAGAUGGUGUACAAUCCUUCUAGCAGCUUCAAUCACGUCGACAACAUCGCUUUCACGCAAGGCAUCGCUUACUGCUAGUUGUAAUGUAUGCGCUGCGCACCGAACGGAUUGCAUUGAGUAAGUAGAAUUAAUAUAAUGGGCAAGACGACAAUUUUUGAAAAUGUGUUUUAAAAUAUUCUUAAGUAUCUACUAUUACUAAAAAAUAUAAUAUUUCUGUAAUUUAUAAAAUAAUUAUUGAAAAAAAUUAAAUUUUAAUGAAACGUUCAUUUAUUCGCGCCAAAACGUAGUCACCGGCGUUGACAUUUGCUGUGACGUCAACCCUCAGCAAACUUGUAAACAUUAGAGUCAAGCAACAAAUAAAACAUAUUAAAUAUUAUUUCAAUAUGAAUUCCAAAGGAUAUAAGUGGUGUGCGGUCCCUCAGUGCACUAAUACAUCACUAAAAAUCCCUAACAAAGUGUUUAUUUACGUGCCAAACGAUAAAAAGAUGCGAUAUAAGUGGCUAACUCUUGCACGGCGAGAUCCUAAAGCUGUUAGUCUUGAUACAUCUAUUUAUUUCUGUGAAGAUCACUUUGAUUUGCCAUAUGAUAUGGAUAAUUAUAUGGAAUAUCAUAUAAUGGGUUCUGUGUCGAAAAUUCGUAUGAAACCAGGUUGUAUACCCACUAAAUUUGAAUGCCAAGCAGAUAGGAGAAAACGAGCAUCUGAUAUCACCGAUCGACCAUAUAUUCUAAAAAAACAAAGACAGGAAUUAAUUCAAGAAUCUAUAAAAGAUCUGGAAGAUAAAAGUAGUGUAAAUAAACCUUUAGAGUUUGAAGAGACAUCAUCAAGUUCAGCUGUGCAUGAAAAUACAGAAAGUAUUACACAAGAAAAAAAUAAGACUGCAAAUAAAUCCAUCCAAGUUUACAUCACACACAAAUUCAGGAGCAAAGCCGUUCAAACUCAAAUUAAUUUUAUAAACCAGAUGACAUCGCCAUUGAAACCGGAUCGCCAAUCUGUCUCUACAUCGCCAUUUAAGAUAACAAGAUGCACUUCUCAAAUCAAACCAACUGCAACUACAGCAAACAUAAACAAAUGUUCAAGAAAAAUAUUUGUAUCUGAAAACCAUUCUGAUAGUGAUAUUUCGUACACACCCUCCAUUACACAUGGAGAAUCAUCACCAACUAUAUCUGUUCAAACAAAAUCAUGUUCAGAUUGCUGUGAGUUGAAACAAGAUGAUAAACAGAAAGAGUCAACUCAAAUGCUGCAAUGCACAUUACUUAAAAUUAACAGAAAUCCCCGUGUUUAUAUAGGUGUACCUAAAGACUGUUAUUAUUUAAUAGACUUAAUUAAAAAAAAUACAAACAUUCCUCCAGUUCAUUUACUCAUGUGUUUGAAAAAGAUUAGGCUAAAUAACUCAUUCAAAGAGCUUGCAGAUGAUUUCUCUGUACGGUAGGCGUAAGGGAACGAAGUGAAACAAAUGACUGCUGAGAAUAUACUGUGUUUUAUUAAUGAAAUAUAAUUAAUUUAUACACUAUUAGGAUACAAAGAUUAUGAUAAUAGAGGGGACACUACACCUCCCCCCUGAAAAAAAGGAAAAUGCUUAUUAUAUUAGCAUUUUUCUUGCAUACCAUAGAUAACGCACAAUACAUGAUAAUUAUGAUUACUUAACUAGAGUGAUACAAUUUAGUUCGGUUUUUGUGUAUUACAUCGGGCUUAUUAUUUCGCAUAAUUUCAACAUUCGGUGACAUAUCUUUUAUCACAACAUAUGGUCCAGAAUAAAUACAAUUUAAUUUGUUUCCAACCUCAUUUUUAACAAGAAUCAGAUCAUUUGGUUUAUACACAACUGGAUUCAUAUUUUUAUCGUAUAUUUCUUUUCUUUUAAUUUUACUAGAUAGUAAAUUUUCUCUAGCCUCCUUUUGUGCCAAUUGCAAACGAAACUUGAGUUCUAAAGGGUAGUUAUCAAAAGUGUAUAGGGGAUCUAUUAUAUUACUUAACAAAUUACUAGGGAGAGAGCAUUUCUUCCCAAAAACAAGCUCAUACGGUGUAAAUUUUGUUUCACUAUGCACGGACGUGUUGAAGGAAAAGCACCAAAAUGGAAGCCAUUGACUCCACAUUUCGGGAUGGUUAUCACAUUGAAUUCUGAGGAAGGAACCAAGGUGUUUAUGCGAAUUUUCUAAUGCACCUAUUGACUGGUGGUGAUAGGCGGUAGAAUUAGUUUUUGUAAUGUGUAAAAGUUUACAUACCUCAUUCAUGGUUGAAGACAUGAAUUCUGCUCCUCUAUCGGUUGCGAUCUCCUUCGGAAUUCCAUAUCGCAAUAUAAAAUUAUUUACUAGAGUACUAGCUACCUCUGUUGUGCUUUUAGAAAUAAGUGGAUAAGCUUCAACGUAUUUUGAAAGUUCACACUGUAGAGUCAAAAUAUAUGAAUAAUUAUUAUUAUCUCGCUCUAAUGGACCAACGAUAUCCAAAUAUAUUUUUUCAAAGGCAGUGUUUGCGGUUGACGUUAUUACCAUAGGCUCUUUUACGUAUGUCGAAUACUUAUGUCGCUGGCAUUUGUCACAGCGUUUUACAAAAUUAAUCACAUCUUUUUCUAAUCCUGGCCAAAAAUAAUAUUUU